AUGAAGUGCUUUAAGUGUAGAGAGCAUGGACAUAUUGCGUCUGAAUGUAAGAACGAGCUACGUAGCUAUGUGUACAAUAUAUCUGAAGGCGCAAGGGAAAAGUGCCUAAAGGAGGUCCAAAUGGGAGAAUAUAGGUUAGUAGCGUUGAUAGACACCGGUAGCGAUUUAAAUUUAAUGCGAGCGAAACAUUACGUUAAAAUCGGCGCACCUAGAUUAAGAAAUAGCGUUUUGGAAUUUCGCGGUGUUGGGGAAGGAAAUAACCGUUCUUUGGGGGAGUCCUCAACGAUAAUUACAAUAGAUCGAACAGCUUAUCCCAUCAAUGUACAUGUUGUACCGGACGCAUUAACGUCGCAGGACCUAAUAAUAGGAACAGAAUAUCUAGAAACGGUAGAAGUUAAUUUCAAAAGGGGAGAAAUUUCGAUCAAGGAUCUCGGAGGCGUUGGUAAUUCGGUGGUUUCGAGUGUUGAUAUUGAGCCAGAAGUGAAUCAGGUUGAUUCGUCUCGCAUCAUAAUCCCUGAAAAUAGAAAAACUCUUGAAGACGAAGUUGUAGACGAAGUUGUAGACGAACUUGUAGACGAAGUUGUAGACGAAGUUGAAGACGAAGGUGAGAACCAAAGUAAGGACGAAGGUGAGAAAUAUUUGGAUUUUUAUCACGCAGGGAACGGGGAGACCGACGCGAUCCAGAAGAGGAACGCAGGAUCGAACGGGUUGCCGCAAGUAAGCGACGGUGAAGAGAUGCAGGAAGCGGUUCUGGCAGUCGCGAUAGGAGGAAAGACGGUAGACAAAGAUGUCUACGAAGACGAUUGGAAGAACAAGAGCGCGAGCGACGAUGAAGCCGACGAUGAAAACGAUGACGAGGACGACGGAAAGAACGAUGGCGCGAGCGACGGGAAUAGCAACAAUAGAAACGAGAAAGAAGACGAGAGAGAAGAUCAUGAGGCCGAGGGCGACGAUGGAGACGAAGACGAGGACGAUGGAAGGAACGAUGGCGCGAGCGACGGGAAGGACGACGAUGAAGACGAAGACGAGGGCACAUACAAGGACAAAAACAAGGACGAAGGCGAGAAGGAUGAUGAGGACGAAGACGGUUGGAAGAACAAGAGCGCGAGAAACGAUGAAGCCGAGGGUGCAGAUCACGAGGACAAGGGCGAAGACCGCGAGGCCGAAGACAAGAGCGAGGAUGAUGGAAAGGGCGAUGGUGCGAGCGAUGAGAAGAGCGACAACGAAAACGAAGAUAGGGACAAAGACAAGGAUGAGGACAAGGGUGAAGACGAGGAGGCGAAGCACCGGGACAACUAUCAGCACCCGGAGAAGAUAUUGGUACAGCGACGGCGAGAGGUGCAGAAUGGUUUUUGA